AUUCUAAUUCUUGUUUUUCUAUGUUGUUGUUGUUGAACGCAAUUCACAUCAUCAAACGAUGUUGUUGGUAUCAAAUAGGUAUACGUGCAAGUAUUACGAAUUCACUUUAUCAGUAUUUAUAAUGACUCAAUGCUGAUAAAACAUCCCAUUGUCUCUAUAUGAAAAAUAAAUUUUUGCUCAAUUCGGUCGGGUAAAUAAGUGUUCGAAGUCGAGGUAAAAGUGGUACACGUCUUGUCAAUUUCUCGACGAGUUUUACAACUGCAGAAAAAUGUGUCUGGAAGACGGAGAUGAUGAUUGCGUCAAUUGCUUGUGUCAGAUGGUGUUGUGUUUUGGUUGUUGCUACUUAUGCAAAAAGUGUUGUUGCGAUGACUCGUCGACCGCUCAACAGCAGCCGCAACAAACGGUAAUUGUGCAACAACCAACGUACGAUCCGAAUCAACAGUGGCAGCAACAGCCACCCAUGUACGAUCCGAAUCAACAGUGGCAACAACAGCCACAGCCCGGAUAUCCAGGCUAUCCGCCACAACAACCCGGAUACAAUCCCAAUUAUCCACCGCAACAACCUGGUUUCAAUCCUGGCUAUCCUCCACAGCAGCCAGGUUUCAAUCCUGGAUAUCCUCCACAGCAGCCAGGUUUCAAUCCGGGCUAUCCUCCACAGCAGCCUCCGCAUCAGUAUUAAUCAUAUUUGACUUGGGAUUCAGCAAUUCAGCUUCCUUUUUGUUCGGUUAAACUUAUUUGAGGCUUACCAUACCAAAUGUCUAUCAAUCGAGCGCACAAUCUAACAUUGUGAUUCAUUUAACUUUGUAUGUCAAUUAAUUUGAAAACAAUAAAAAAUCACAAAACCA